AUGGCUACCUUCAAGGACAACCCGUACAUCUACGAAGUUUCUGGGCCACAGCGCGAGACAAAGCGCCACCCAGCCAGGGGUACUGAGUACGGCAAUGUGGACGCGCGCAAUGGCUGGCCCACUGUGGAGGGCGCCAGCAGCCUUUAUGAGAUGUUCUACAACAGCGUGGCCAAGUACCCGGACAACCCCUGCCUGGGCCACCGCCCGAUCAAGUACGGCGUGCCCCAGGAGUACCAGUGGAUGACCUACAAGGAGACCGCAGACAAAGUGGACGCAGUUGCCUCCGGUAUCAUGGCGCUCGGCCUGAAGCAGCACGGCCGUGUGGGCGUAUACGGCAUCAACUCCCCCGAGUGGAUGAUGGCAAUGCAGGCCUGCAACCGGCAGAGUGCGUACUGCGUUCCACUGUACGACACGCUGGGCUCCGAUGCGGUGCGCUACAUCAUAAACCACGCGGAGGUGACCGUGGUCUUCGCUGACUCGCUCAAGAUGCCGGCGCUGAUUCAGCCGCUGGCUGAGACCAAGGGCCAGGUCAGCGCGGUGGUCUACUGGGGCGAGUGUGACACCCUCGCCAAAGUGUCGAUAGAGGAGAGCGGCCUGACCAAGUGCUACUCGUGGAGUGAGCUGCUGGAGAUGGGCCGCAAGUCGCCGUCCCCCGCCAUCCCCCCCAAGCCGGAGGACCUGUGCACCAUCAUGUACACCAGCGGCACCACCGGAAACCCCAAGGGGGUGAUGCUGACGCAUGCCAACCUGCUGUCGGUGGUGGCUGGGCAGCUGGGCGCCAUAAACCAGGUGGGCGGCCGCUACGGGCAGAGGUUCACCCAGGAGGAUGUCAUGAUCUCCUACCUGCCCCUCGCCCACAUCUUUGACCGGGCGCUGGAGGAGAUGUUUCUGGCCAAUGGGGCGCGCAUCGGCUACUGGCGCGGCAGCAUCGAGGGCGUCAUCGAUGACUUGCAGGCGCUGAGGCCCACGCUGUUCAUCGGCGUUCCCCGCGUCUUUGACAAGGUCUACGACGGCGUGUUCGCGCGGCUGAAGGACGCCACCUGCCUGCGCCGCGCCAUCUUCCACGCCGCAUUCUGGCACAAGCAACGCCACAUCAACCUCGGCUACCGCUGGACUGAGCGCCCCAUCAACCUCGGCUACCGCUGGACUGAGGCGUCACCGCUGGCGGAUGCGUUGGUGUUUGACAAGGUGCGCGCGAAGCUGGGGGGCCGCGUGCGGCUGGUGUGCAGCGGGGGGGCCCCUCUGGCGCGCCACGUUGAGGAGUUUCUCAAGACUGCCAUGUGCGCGCCCUGCUGCCAGGGUUACGGCCUCACCGAGACCUGCGGCUCCUCCUUCAUCGCUCUUCCCGAGCCGAUGUUCAAUGGGACGGUGGGGGGCCCGCUGCCGCUGCUGACAUUCCGGCUGGAGGCGGUGCCGGAGAUGGGUUAUGACCCCCUCGCAGACCCUCCCAGGGGCGAAAUCAUCAUCAAGGGGCCCGUCGUCUUCCAGGGCUACUACAAGGACCAAGAGAAGACGGAUGAGGUCUUGGACAAGGACGGCUGGUUCCACACGGGGGACAUCGGCGAACUCACCCCCAUCGGCUCCCUCAAGAUCAUCGACCGCAAGAAGGACCUCUUCAAGCUCUCCCAGGGUGAGUACAUAGCGCCGGAGCGGAUAGAGGGGGCGCUGAAGAAGGCGAGUGCAGUGCAGCAGGUCUACAUCCACGGCAACUCCUUCGAAUCCAGCCUGGUUGCAGUGGUCGUGCCAACCGAAGCAGAGCUCAGGUCGGCGGUGGCGGGGGCCCCGGAGGACUACGAGAAGCUGUGUGCCAGCCAGGCGGCGCAGGACGUUGUGCAGGCGCAGAUGCACGCCGUCGGCAAGGCGGCCGGCCUCAAGUCCUUCGAGCUGCCCAAGGCGGUGCACCUGACGACGGAGGUGUGGUCCCCGGAGAACGGGCUGCUGACGCCAACUUUCAAGCUCAAGCGCGCCGUUGUGCGCCGCGCGUUCCAGGCCCAGAUCGACACCGCGUACGCGCGCCUCGCCAAAUCCGCCAAAUGA